AUGGUGGAGAGGAGGAACAUGACUGUAAUGGCGAUGGCGAGGUCCCUCCUCAAUAGCAUGAACGUGCCUGGAAGAUUUUGGGGGGAGGCGGUGUGGCACACGGUGUAUCUGCUGAACCGCUUGUCGACGAAGGCGCUGGAUGAAUGCACUCCGUUCAAGAUUGGUUUCAGUAGGUGUUCUCAAGAGCAGACCGUAUACAAAAGAGGAUCAGGUCUUGCAGGUGUGAUAGUCAAAGUAUAUGUUGAUGACCUCAUUGUGACAGGGAAAAGUCCAGAAGAGAUCAUGAGAUUCAAGCAGCAGAUGAUGAGUGAGUUCGAGAUGACCAGUCUCGAAUUGCUCAAUUACUAUCUCAAGAUUGAGGUAGCACAAGAAGAUGGGCGAAUUACAAUCAAGCAAACAACGUAUGCGAAGAAAGUCCUUGGUCAAUUCAGUAUGCUGGAUUGCAAUCCCAUAAAAUUCCCCAUGGAACAAAGGGCGCAGCUGCAUAGGGAUCCAGAUGGACAGUCUGUGGAUGCAAUUGAGUAUCGACGCAUCAUUGGUUGUCUAAGGGUGGCAAGCAGAUUUAUGAAGAAGCCCACGGUGAUGCAUCGCAAGGCAGUGAAGCAGAUUCUUCGGUAUUUGAAGGGCACCGUUCAUUAUGGGCUUGUGUAUACGAGAGGAGGAACAGAAGAAGUAAUCACCAGGUAUACUGAUAGUGACCUGAUCGGUGAUAUGGAUGACAGGAAACUGAGCAACGGCGGCGGCAUGCCAAGCACUGUGGCUUAG